CGGACCGUUUUCCACUGUUUCCAUUCCGCGUGCGCGUGAGCGUGCGUGCGUGCGUUCUGCGGUUUGAUCGAAGCUGCAUUUGAGCCGUUUGACCAAAAGCGAAUAAAACACGGGGUUUACCCGCCGCGCGUGAGGCGGACGGUGACUGCAGCGCUUCAGGCUGCACGGGCCGAUCACCUGUCUGUCUGUCCCCCUGUGUGUCCCCGUGUCUGUCAAACCCUCUGUCUAUCCACCUGUCCAUCAGUCAGUCCGCCGUCCUCACCGCCCACCUGUCUGUGUCUCCACCUGUCUGUCUGCUCGGACAUUAAUUGGCAGCAGAAGGUGGAGCUGAGUUUGGUGGUGAGGUGUGUCGCAUUGUUGCUGUUAUUCUUAAUGUGUCAACAUGAAGACGGUCCACAGCAGAGGGAAAGGAUGGAGAUACUCAAGACUUGAAGAAGAGGUUGAAGGUGAUCGAAAUCUGAGGACGACGUGAUCUUCCUCUUCCUCCUCGUCCUUUUUUUCUCCUCUUGCGCUGCCUGCGGAUCAAGAGGACAAGACGCAGUGGGACAAACAAGCUGCAGAUGAGACAUGAAUGAGCUGAGCGUCUCUCAAUCUCAAGACAAACAUUUCAUCGUCCUCUCACUGAAAAUCUCAAUCAGAAUGAUGAUGAACUCUGAGAAGAUGAAGAAGAAACCUCCAAAGGACAGUUUGACUUUGCUGCCAUGUUUCUACUUUGUGGAGCUGCCCAUCGUGGCUUCUUCUAUGGUGUCGCUGUACUUCCUGGAGCUGACUGAUGUCGUGCAGCCGGCUCAGGUCGGGUUCCGCUGCCACGACAGAGAGCUCAGCAUGCCGUACGUGGACGGAGGAGACGAACUGAUCCCUCUGCUGAUGCUGCUGAGCCUCGCCUUUGCCGGACCGGCUGCUUCGAUCAUGCUGGUUGAAGGUCUGAUCUACUGCCUGCAGUCCAGACUGAAGCUCCGCCGACCUGAAGGGAGCAUCAACGCGGGGGGCUGCAACUUCAACUCCUUCCUGAGGAGGACGGUGCGCUUCGUAGGUGUGCAUGUGUUUGGCCUGUGUGCGACGGCUCUGGUCACCGACAUCAUACAGCUGUCGACGGGUUACCACACUCCGUUCUUCCUCACCGUGUGUAAACCAAACUACACGCAGGUCGGCGUCUCCUGCGACAGAAACGUUUACAUCAGUAAGGACAUCUGCUCGGGUCACGACCAGCACGCCAUCGUGGCCGCCAGGAAAACGUUCCCUUCCCAGCAUGCAACACUGUCGGCUUUCGCUGCUGUCUACGUGUCUAUGUAUUUCAACUCGACCAUCUCCGACAGCACCAAGCUGCUGAAACCCGUCUUAGUUUUUGCCUUCGCCAUCGCUGCGGCGCUGACGGGUCUGACUCAGAUCACUCAGCAUCGCAGCCAUCCCAUCGACGUGUACGUGGGCUUCCUCAUCGGAGCCUUCAUCGCUGCUUACCUGGCUUUUCACGCCGUGGCCAACUUCAAAUCCGGUGAUGACAUCUCUCUGAUCCCACCUCCCUCGCUGCCGAAAGAGGACCCUCUACGAGCGCUGACCGAGCGAGGACACGAGUCCGUCUACAACAAGGGCCCCGCCUCCGCCUCGGAGAGCAACGACGAGAUCGCGCCGGCUCCGGCCCCCAUGGACCGGCUGGAGGGCCUGGUGCCCCUGCAGAGGGAGAAGGCCUCCAUGGGUAGCCUGAAGAGGGCCAGCGUGGACGUGGAGCUGCUGGCUCCCCGCAGCCCCAUGGGGAAAGAGACCAUGCUGACCUUCAGUAACACGCUGCCGAGGGCCAGCAUGAAUAUCAACGGGGUGCUGGGGGCCAACCAGGGGCCAGAGGAGCCGCUGCAGCCGGUGCAGCCGGUCCAGCCGGUGCAGCGGCGGCUGAAGGCCGUGCAGGUUCCCAUGGACCCGAUGCGUUCGCAGCAGCUGGUGACGGAGUGGAAGCAGAAGUCGAUGGAGAUGAGAGGCCUGAGCGUCCGGGACGAGGCGGAGCAUUCGGCCAGCGAGGACGGGUCCGAGGUGGGCUCCGUGGGGACAGACGAUGGGGGGUCUCAUGUCCCCAUUUACCAGACGGUAGGGCAGUCCGGAAGGGCGGCCCACGGCCGCAACCCCACUCCGCCUCCGGUGGGCGCCAAAGCCGUGGCGACCCCCAGACCGCCACAGGUUCCCGAGGCCGGACCCCCACCGGUGUCCCCAAAGAGCGCCCUGACGCGGGCCAAGUGGCUCGCCAUCAGAGAGAAGACGAGCGGCGAGGGCUCGGGCCGCGGCGCCACCAACCAGCCGAGACUCAUGCAGGUCAUUGCCAUGUCCAAGCAGCAGGGCCUCCUCCCCUCCUCCUCCUCGGGGGAGAAGUCCUCUGAAACCACCUCCACCUGUUCCGGCACCUCCUCCACCACAGACUCGCCGCACUACCGCCCGUCCCCUGAGCAGCAGCAGCAGCAGCAGCGGGAGGGGUCGGGUAUAAUCACGGUGGACGCCCACGCCCCUCACCAUCCCGUCGUCCAGCCCCAACCUGCUCUCCAAGCCCCGCCCCUCGCCGGCAACGGCAGCCCGUGGGAGUGGGCGGGGGCGCCCAAUGGCGCCGACCCCCGAGACACCUACGACCUCAACAGCCUGACCCGAGGAGACUCGGCUGCCCGCGGCAGCAGUUUCCGACCCCACAGGGCCGCGUCGCCGUGCCCGGCGGUCGGACGCGAUCCGGCCUCGCCACGCGCGCAGGUGGAGACGUCAGCAGACGCCCAGCGCAGGGAGAUGGCCAUGAGACGCAAGACGGCGCUAGUCCUGUUGGAUCGAGAGAUUCGCAACCAGACUGAACAGGAGAACUACUAUAAGAGUUUGCAGGGACGAAGGUAUAAGGAUUAGUCUCUCUCGAAGAAAAAAAACGCCUUAUUUCGUGACAGGUCACCAACAGCACAAACCUGAAGAGCCGUUUGGACCACGUUGCUAUGCAUUCCUUGGGCCUGAUGGGAUGGAAGGUUUGGGCUGUGGGAGUUGAACGUUCACAUCCAGUGGGGUAAGGUUUGAUGGCCGUGGCUCAACACUCUAGACAGUUCUCUCUCAACACUGAAAACGAUGUUCAAGGCUAUUGCGGUAUCAGCCUUUAUUUUGGAAUGAUUACUACAAAUUUUAAAGCCUUUAAUAGAAUCCACUUCAUCCACCCAAUGCCAUGCGAGAACCCUGGCUUUAGAGUCCUGGUCCUAUCGAAGACGGUCCGGAUUGUCUUUCAGUAUUUAAGGUGCAAUGGAUGGAUUAAGGUUCUCUGUCAUGGCCACGUUGUGCAGAUGUUCAUCUGGUGGUACCAAACAGAUUUGGUGGAUUUUUAUGUGGCUCAACGAAUCUCUUUGGUCGUGGUCGUGUGCAGCGGUUGUGGAGUAGUGGUUAAAUUAAUUUAAAAGAAGCCCUUGGUGGUCAGGUGGUUCCCAGCUGGUGACCAAAGUUGAACGCCAUUAGCAGGUACCAUGAUAAUGAUACAAUGUUACGUAACCCUUCUACAGAUUCAAACUGCACUUACUGCUUUGGCUAAACAUUUUAGUUGUGCAGCAAGAAAGAGCUCUUUAGUUGAUGAAAUUAUCAGUACAUCCAACAGCCACAGGGGGCGCCGCUCUGUUACCAUCCAACAUUAUGAAUGGUUUUCAGUCCUACUAGUUUGUAUAUAAAAAUGUGGAAAAAUACCUCAGGACAUUAAACAAACAACACUAUAAAAAUUAUAUCUGAAUGGUGGGUUGCCUUCAUCUUUACUCAGAGAGUCAUACGUCCACAGUGUUGAGCCAUCCAGGCAGGAAGCUGGAGCGUUUCCACGGCAACCCAUUCUGCAAAUAAUCUGCGGUUCGGAGGCAAUUUUAAGGAUUAAUUCUUGAAGCACAAACACGCAGCAAACCUGCUGUGGAAGCUCCUGCGACGAGACGCACCUGCGCCGCUCAGCACCUGCUUCCUGGCUCAGGCCCCGCCUCCUCUGAGGGGAAAGGCCUGUGACCGGCGCCAUGUGGAAGCCAUCGUCCCCCCACCAACGCGUUCUCACCCCGACACGCCGAAAAACGCAACUCCCGUCAGCGACGCUGAGCUUCAAGCGACAAGGUCAUCGCCAUCAACAUGCCCCCCCCCCCCACCCCCCUCCAGCUGUGUGGACUAUCUCGCUCUUAAAACGUAAGUUGCUCUACCCAUAAUGCUUUGCGGGUGUGCGUGGGUCUCCGCGCAGUGAGGAGGGUCCAACCCUGAUUGUAUAUUUCCGGGGACCAGAGUGUUAUUGUUGUUGUUGUUGUGAUGGCUCGGUUGCUAUAGUGAUUCUCAGCAUGUUUGUUUGUUUGUUUGUGUGCUACUUUCUGACUGGUCGAGUGUUUCUGUGAGUGGAUCUGAAAGUGUGUAUUUAUUAGUGAUAAGAGUGUGAUAUUUUGAAGGAAAAGUUGUAAUUACAGAAUAUGUCAUGAUUCCAUUGUGGUAAAGUGAGGAUUUUCUCCUCAGUGGCUCUCGAACUAAACUACGAGAGCUCUUAGAAAAUAAAAAUUGUAUUAAAGAUGCUGCAGUUCCUAAACUCACUGAGCUCAAUGACGCUCUGAAACUGAAUCAGUUCAUCCGUCAAUAUGAAAUAUUGAUGAGCCAAUACUGGUCUGUCUCUGCUGUUAAUGUGUCUGUGUUGUUGCAUGUGUCCAAAGUUUGAUUUAAUAUCAGACAUCC